UAAUAUUGGUUCCUUUCUAUUGUCUAUGGUUUAAAAACUUUAUUCAAUUUAAAAUGUUUCUUUAUAUUCUAUAUUUAAAAAAAGUCUAAAAGAUAAAUCCAAAAUGCCAGGUUCAAAUUGUUGUCUACCAGGAUGUACAGUUUCAAGAUCUAUUAAGCACAAAGAUAUCACCUUAUUCAGAAUUCCUAUGAGGACAGGAGACUUUUAUAAAAAAUGGAGACAGAGAUUGUUAGCUAUUAUCACUCAGUAUAGAGACUUUGACAAAGAUUUGAAAGAAAGACUCUCAAAGGGCAAUAUUUAUAUAUGUGAGAAUCAUUUUUUAGCAGAAGAUAUUGAAUUGACAAAAACUGGAAGGAAAUCAUUACGCUUAGAGGCUUUACCAACUGUUAACCUACCCAUAAAAUCACAUGAAAAAGAAAAAAAGGUACCUAGAAGACACAUAAGUAUUGUAAAAGAUAUUGUCCCACAGAAGCGAAUAAAUUAUUCAAACUUAAUUGAUUUACAGAAAAAAACCCAAAAGUUAAAACUUAGUGGAUGGGAGAUGACAUGUAAUGAAAACAAUAUCAAAUUUAAAAAGUUAUUGCCUUUGUAUUUGUUACCUAAGUAUGAAGUUGUAGUAGAUGACAGUUUAGCGUUCACCAUUAUUGUAUUUGGGUGGCUCUUGCCAGAUAUUCACUUAAUCUAUAAAUUAUACUCACGAUCAAUGCUGAACACUACAGUUACCGAACUUUUAUGCAAAAUAUGUACAUUAAGAUUUUGUUCUGGUAUUAUAGAAAACAUCAGAAAUAUAAAUAAUGAUGAUUUUGUUGAUCAUAUUGUUCCAAUGGAAUUUGAUUUAGAAAGUGCAAGUACAGAUGGUAUGCGUGUAUCAAAUGAAAGGUUUAAAAGAGCAAAAUCAUGUAUUAUAUUACAUACUAGUGAGUCUGAUAAUAUAAAUUCUGUUUGUUCAUUUUGUACCCACACACUAAAAAAGAACAAAAUGAUUAAAAUAAAAAAACAACAUCAGUUAGCCACACCUGCUCUUCGAAAAGCUCCACUUAGUAAAACAAAUCCUGUUCGCGUUCUAUUAGCAUUAAAACAAGAACGUCUAAGAUGUGCCCAGCUAACAAGUGAUUUAGAAAAAAUAAAUUUUCAAAUAGACUCUAAAGGUAUUACUAUUGAUGAUGGGUUUGUUGAUGAUUUAAAUCAAAUAAUGAGUAGUAACUACGAAAAAGCUACUCCCUUUAUGAAAUUAUUUUGGGACCAGCAAAAGAAAAUGUGUAAUAAAAAUUUUGGCUCAAUAAAGUAUCACCCUAUGAUAAUACGGUUUUGCCUCUCACUUGCCUCAAAGUCGGCCUCAGCUUAUGAUGAGUUGCGCUCAUCAAAUGUACUAACAUUACCAAGUCGCAGAACUCUAAGAGAUUAUAAGAAUUUCAUUCGACCGAAAGCUGGAUUAAAUCCUCCCGUAAUUGAAGAAUUGAAUAAAAUUAGUAUUAACCUAGUUGGCUACCAACGAUAUGUAACGUUAUCUUUUGAUGAAGUAAAAAUACAAGAAAAACUUGUUUUUAAUAAACACACAGGUGACAUUAUAGGUUUUGUAGAUUUAGGUGAACUCUGA